AUGAUUGUGAUUUGUUACAACAAACAAUAAAGAUUAAUGAAGGGUUGUAGAGCAAAGAGGCCAAAUAGAGUUGAAUAGAAAAGGCGAAGAAAGCGACCCGACUGUUGCUCUGACUGUGAGGCAGCCGGAGCAGUGAGUUUUGUCGGAGAAUGAAGUACGUUUUGGUGACCGGAGGAGUGGUGAGUGGGCUGGGAAAAGGCGUCACUGCUAGCAGCAUAGGCGUCGUUCUCAGAGCCUGUGGCCUUCGUGUCACCUGCAUCAAAAUUGAUCCCUACUUGAAUACGGAUGCAGGAACCAUGUCUCCCUUUGAACAUGGCGAGGUUUUUGUUCUCGAUGAUGGUGGAGAGGUUGAUUUAGACCUGGGUAACUACGAACGCUUCGUUGAUGUCACUCUUACUCGGGACAACAACAUCACCACCGGCAAGAUAUAUCAGUCUGUCCUUGACAAGGAGAGGAGAGGAGAUUAUCUUGGAAAGACGGUGCAGGUAGUUCCACACAUCACUGAUGCCAUCAGAAAUUGGAUUGAAUCAGUUUCUGUCAUUCCCGUGGAUGGAAAAGAUGGCCCUGCAGAUGUUUGUGUCAUAGAGUUGGGAGGGACUGUGGGGGACAUUGAAUCAAUGCCAUUCAUUGAGGCUCUUCGGCAGUUGUCUUUCUCUGUCGGGCAAGAAAACUUCUGUCUUAUCCAUGUGAGCUUAAUACCGGUACUGGGUGUUGUAGGAGAGCAAAAAACAAAGCCUACGCAACAUAGUGUGCGGGAGCUGAGAGCAUUAGGCUUGACUCCUCAUCUGUUAGCAUGUCGCUCUGCGCAGCCUUUAUUGGAAAGUACGAAGCAGAAACUUUCACAAUUUUGUCAUGUUGCAGCUGGUAAUAUUCUUAAUAUUCAUGAUGUUCCAAACAUCUGGUACAUCCCUCUCUUACUCAGGAACCAAAAUGCUCAUCGGUCAAUUCUUCAACAACUUAAUUUACUAAGCAUUGCUGCACCUCCCGAUUUAAAAGAUUGGACCAAAAUGGCAGAGACUUAUGACAAUCUCUCCAACUCUGUGAGAAUUGCCAUGGUGGGAAAAUAUGUUGGCCUUACAGAUUCAUAUCUGUCUGUAGUGAAGGCGCUUUUGCAUGCUUGCAUCGCAUGUUCUCUAAAGCCAGAAAUUGACUGGAUUGCUGCUUCAGACCUUGAAGAUGAUAGUGCUAAAUUGACACCCGAAGCACAUACUGCUGCAUGGGAGACUCUAAGGAAUGCAGCUUGUGUCUUGAUUCCUGGUGGAUUCGGAGAUCGUGGUGUAAGAGGUAUGAUCUUAGCUGCAAAAUAUGCCAGGGAAAACAAAGUUCCAUAUCUUGGGAUUUGUUUGGGGAUGCAGAUUUGUGUGAUUGAGUUUGCUAGAGCUGUAUUGGGUUUAGAAAGGGCAGAUAGCACUGAGUUUGAUGCACAAACACCAAAUCCUGUUGUGAUUUUCAUGCCCGAGGGUUCAAGAACACAUAUGGGAAGCACAAUGCGAUUAGGAUCGAGAAGAACAUUAUUUCAAACUCCUGAUUGCAUUACUUCAAAACUGUACCAAAAUUCAGAGUAUGUUGAUGAACGACAUCGGCACAGAUAUGAGGUAAACCCAGAUGUUAUUGAAAGUCUUGAAGAAGCUGGCCUAAAAUUUGUAGGGAAGGAUGAUAGCGGAAGAAGAAUGGAGAUUUUGGAGCUUCCAAGUCAUCCAUUUUAUGUUGGAGUGCAAUUUCAUCCAGAAUUUAAAUCAAGGCCUAGGAGGCCCUCAGCUCUUUUUCUAGGUCUCAUCUUGGCAGCAACAGGGCAGCUGGAAACAUAUCUUAGUGGGAUUAAUAGUUGACAGAAUUGUGCGUAUCAAUGCAUUUAAUUCGCCCAUAGAACAAGAUUAGCAAUUGGCCAUCCGGUUGUUUCUGUCUCAUCCACUUUCAUGAUAGUUAGGGAUGUUCACUAGAACUGUUGGCACAAAUACAAAGUUUGCUAAAAAGUGUGCAUUUCGAGGGUUAGCUAUUAAGUUCUUUCAUCAUACUGUAACAGUUCCCAUCUCAUCUGAGAUAGUGUUGGUAUAUCAAAUUAUCAAACUAUAGUACACCAGAAGGAUUAAUGUAAGUUUUUCUAUCGCAUGAUGUUCCUCUC